AUGCGGAAGCGCGCAUACGCUAGAAAGACGUAUAAGCAAGCCUUUCUUUAUGAGUAUGAGUCAACCAAGCCGCUUCAGAGAGGUCCCUCAACUCUCUCAACAGUCCAAGGCAUAUGUUGCUGCCGUACAGUGAAUCAAAACUAUGCAAAUAUUCUUUUGAUGCUUUUACGUCUCCGUCAGGCUUGUGAUCACCCACUUCUUGUUAAAGAAUACAAUUCUGAUCCUGUUGGAAAAGAUUCUGUUGAAAUGGCAAAAAGGCUUCCAAAAGAGAUGCUGAUAAAUCUGUUUAAUAGUUUGGAAACAACUGCCGCUAUAUGUUUUGUCUGCAAUAAUAAGCUUGGAGAUGAUGAAACGUGGGAUAGGGCUGAAAGUGCUCUCAAGGAGGCUUUGGAUGAGUUUGGCAAGCCAUGGCAGUUGAAUGAAGGGGAUGGUGCAUUCUAUGGACCAAAGAUAGAUAUCAGUGUAUCUGAUGCAUUGAGUAGGAAAUUCCAGUGUGCAACUCUACAGCUUGACUUCCAGCUUCCUGAUCGUUUUAAGUUGGAAUUCUCAGCUGAGGAUGAAGCCAAAAUUGAGAGGCCUGUUAUGAUACACAGAGCCAUUCUAGGAUCAGUUGAACGCAUGUUUGCCAUACUUUUAGAGCACUACAAGGGUAAAUGGCCCUUCUGGCUCAGUCCUCGUCAAGCAAUUUUGUGCCCUGUUUCUGAGAAAUCACAAGCUUAUGCUCUGAAGGGAUUGGAAUCACCCGCUGAUGGUAGACGUUCAUCUGAGUAUAGCUACUGUAUUGGAGAUAAUGGAACUUCAGGGGGGACAAAUUAG